UGAAAAUUUUCAAAUUUUGGUGUUAAACAACUCCUCACCAGCGACCCCGCGCACCGUGGCCGCCCCAAGAUGGAGCUCCGCCGCCUAGUCCGCGCCACCACCGCGGCCAGCGAGGACGCCUACUCCUGCAUCCUGCAGCGCGAGGACGACGACGGCCUCCUGGGCGCCAGCAUCACCAAGGCCCUCCCGAAGGCCGCCCUCCGCGCGUUCGCCGCCAACCUGCAGCGCCUCCUGCCGCCCGUCCUCCCGGCCAUGGAGAUCGCCCGGCUCGCCGCCGACCUGGCGCGCCAGAAGCUGCUGCAGCGCCUCCAGCGGGUCAAGCUGAAGAUCAACCUCAAGGCAGGCGUCGACCACCUCUGCCUCCACGCCGGCGGGAUCGCGGUGACCGACGCGGUGAAGAAGAGCUUCGGCCUGGACGAGCGCGACGUGGAGCCGUCGAGGAUGACGAUGCAGCUGCACCGGUGGGGGAACACGUCGGCGAGCAGCGUGUGGUACGUGCUGUCGUACAUGGAGGCGAAGGGGAGGCUGAGGCGAGGGGACAAGGUGCUCAUGGUGGCGUUCGGGUCCGGGUUCAAGUGCAACAGCUGCGUGUGGGAGGUGAUCGGCGACAUGGCCGACAAGGGAGCGUGGGCCGACUGCAUUGACGAGUACCCGCCGGAGGGCAAGCCGAAUCCCUACUUGGAGAAGUACGCUUGGGUCAACGACGCCGGCGACGAAUCCUCGCCGUUCUAGACGACGCCAUUGGAGCGUAGUUAAUUUCGCUAUAAGCUCACAAAAAUAGGUGUUUCCUAAAUAAUAAUCUAAAUAUUUAAAGUUAAAGAUACGACUUUAUGUAGUUAUACUUUGAACA